AUGCUCCUCAAGGCUACCUUUGCUGGAUACCUCUCGGUAGUGGUACCAAUCUUUGCCCAGACCAUACCGACUGUCGUUGUACCGGAAGUAGGAACCUCCGCCCAUGCAUUCGACUUAAGCCAGGUUGCGUUGAGCAACAGCCGCUGGAAGGAUAAUGAGAAUCGGACCCUCAACUACCUUAAGUUUGUCAAUGUCGACCGACUACUCUACAACUUCCGAGCGACCCACAAGCUCUCUACGAAUGGCGCGCAGCCGAACGGUGGAUGGGAUGCGCCCAACUUUCCUUUCCGUUCUCACGUCCAAGGUCACUAUCUCACGGCGUGGGUUAAUUGCUACGCGACCUUGCGUGACAGCACGUGUAAAGACCGCGCUGCAUAUUUCGUUCAGGAACUCGCCAAAUGCCAGGCCAACAAUGGUGUGGCCGGGUUCAGCCCGGGGUAUCUGUCCGGCUUCCCCGAAUCAGAAUUCGCUGCUCUUGAAGCUGGCAAGUUGACGGGUGGCAAUGUCCCAUACUAUGCUGUACACAAGACAAUGGCUGGCCUACUCGAUGCGUGGCGUAUCAUUGGCGAUCAAAAAGCUCGUGAUGUCUUGCUGGCGCUUGCAGGUUGGGUAGACGGACGGACCAAAAAGCUGAGUACUGCUCAGAUGCAAACAAUGCUAGGAACAGAGUUUGGCGGCAUGAACGAUGUCCUCGCAGAGAUUUACCAACUUACCGGAAAUAAGCAGUGGCUCACCGUAGCCCAACGUUUCGAUCACGCAAAAGUAUUCGACCCGCUUGCAAACAAACAGGAUCAGCUCAGUGGUAAUCACGCAAAUACUCAAGUGCCAAAAUGGAUCGGUGCAGCUAGGGAAUACAAAUCCACUGGUACUAAGCGCUACCUUGAUAUUGCGAGAAAUGCUUGGGAUUUUACCAUCAACGCACAUACAUACGCAAUCGGUGGUAACAGUCAAGCGGAGCAUUUCCGCCCACCUAACCAGAUCUCCAACUUCUUGACGAACGACACUGCUGAGCAAUGCAACACUUACAACAUGCUCAAGCUCACUCGGGAUCUAUGGACAACAGAUCCCACCAGUACGAAGUACUUCGAUUAUUACGAACGUGCUCUCAUCAAUCACCUUCUCGGCGCUCAGAAUGCAGCAGACAACCAUGGCCACAUAACCUACUUUACUCCACUCAGGAGUGGCGGACGCCGAGGAGUCGGACCAGCAUGGGGUGGAGGUACAUGGAGCACUGACUACAACUCUUUUUGGUGCUGCCAAGGUACGGCUCUAGAGACCAAUACCAAGCUCAUGGACUCCAUUUACUUCUAUGAUAACUCGGCACUCUACGUGAAUCUUUUCACGCCUUCGACGCUAGACUGGAAGCAGCGCAACGUCAAGAUCACACAAGUAACCACUUUUCCUAUUGGUGACACAACUACAUUGAAAGUCACUGGCACUGGCAACUGGGCUAUGAAGAUCCGCAUCCCUUCAUGGACAUCUGGAGCAACGAUCAGCCUGAAUGGUCAAGCAUCUGGGGUUGCUGCCAACCCAGGGAGCUAUGCGACACUGUCACGAAACUGGGUCUCCGGUGAUACGGUUACAGUGAAGCUACCGAUGAAGCUGCGCACCGUAGCUGCCAACGACAACGCAAACAUCGCAGCUAUCGCCUACGGCCCGACAAUUCUGAGCGGUAACUAUGGACAACAAUCACUCAGUUCAAUGCCAUCGCUAGCUUUGAACUCUGUUCGCCGCACAAAUAGCAACAGCCUGGCAUUUACGGGGACUGCCAAUGGUAAGGCUGUAGAUAUUGGUCCAUUUUACGAUGCGCAUAACAUCAAUUACAAUGUCUACUGGACGGUUACUGGGCAGUUCGCGACCUAG